AUGGUACUGCACAAGCUGAUCUACUGGGCAACCUCACAUUACAGAAUUGCAUUUAAGGUGAGAAAAAUUGGGAUCUUUCAUCAAGGCCCCAUUAUGGAAUCAAUGAAUCAAGUUUCUUCAUAUCCUAGCGUGACCGAAUGUACAUUAGAUAGCAGAGGGUCCCAAAAACUGGUUUGUGACAUCAUCACAUUGCUGAGGUCUGAUCAUUCCUUCUUUCCAUAUUUCUUGUUGGUGGCAUUUGAAGGCGGUAGCAUCUUGAGGGCAUUCUUGUUGCUUUCAUCCUAUCCUCUUAUGUGGGUUCUGAGCUUCGACCUCAAACUAAGAGUUAUGAUCUUCAUCACGUUUUGUGGACUGAGGCUGAGAGACAUGGCUGUCGUUGCUAGGGCUGUUUUGCCAAAGUUUUACCUCGAAAACAUCAAUCUUCUUGUUUACGAGGUGUUUGCUUCAGCAGGAUCAAGGCUGGUUUUCACGAGCGUCCCUAGGGUUAUGGUUGAAGGCUUUCUCAAGGAGUACCUGAGUGUUGAAACUGUUAAAGGAACUGAAUUGCACACCAUUGGCCCUUUUUUCACUGGUUUGGUAUCAAGCUCGGGAUUGCUUGUGAAGGCUAGAGCGCUCAAGGAAUCUUGUGGAGAAAACUUGCCGGACAUUGGCGUAGGAAGUUUAGAUCAUCAUGACCACCAGUUUGUCUCUCUGUGCAAGGAAGCCUAUGUGGUACACAAGGAUGACAGGAAAGCUUGUGAAAGCACAAUAAUGCCUAGGGAGAGAUAUCCAAGGCCACUAAUAUUUCAUGAUGGCAGGCUAGCUUUCUUUCCAACUCCUCUUGCAACUCUCACCAUGUUCAUUUGGCUUCCUUUCGGCAUAAUACUGGUAAUCUUCAGAUUUUCAGUUGCUCUACUCUUGCCUUGCAAGAUGGCCAAGUUCUUGAUCUUAGCAACUGGUGGAAAACUAAAGUUGAGAUUGUCUGAGCCAUUGGGUUCAGAAAGUGAGAAAAAAGUUCUCUAUGUGUGUAACCACAGGACCCUCAUGGACCCUGUAGUUCUUUUUGGAGCACUGGAAAAGCCUUUGACUGCUGUGACUUACAGCCUAAGUAAAUUCUCUGAGAUGGUGUCACCAAUAAGAACUGUAAGGUUGACAAGGGAUAGAAACCAAGAUGCUAAAACCAUUCAGAAAUUAUUGAGCGGAGGUGAUUUAGUCAUAUGCCCUGAAGGAACCACCUGCAGAGAACCCUAUCUUCUGAGAUUCAGUUCUUUGUUCGCGGAAUUAACGGAUGAGAUUGUUCCCGUUGCCAUGGAUACAUAUACAUCCAUGUUUUAUGGGACGACGGUGAGUGGAUAUAAGUGGUUAGAUUCAAUCUUCUUGGGCAUGAACCCUAACCCUUGUUACAGCAUUUAUGUACUAGAAAAGUUGCCCAAGGAAAUCACAUUUUCUGUUGGGAAAUCAAGCCAUGAGGUGGCUAAUUAUAUACAGAGAAGAUUGGGUGAUGCAUUGGGUUUUCAGUGCACUAAUCUGACAAGGAGGGACAAGUACACGAUGCUUGCUGGAAAUGAAGGGCUUGUCCAAGAUUAUAGGAAGAAAGCCUCAGAGCAUAGUCAAAAUUCUUGACAUAGCAUAGAUUAUUGUUAAUA